UGUAGUUUGCCCAAUAGGGGAAGUUGGGCCUUGUAAAUUCAAAGUGAUAUAAGCCCAAAUUAGUCCUCCACCAUCUUCAGGUUAAUACUUGGGAUGGGGUCAUGUUGAGCUUUAAUUGAAACUAUUCCAGAGAGUUCCACUGGCCGCGAAAUUGCUCCUCCUCUUCACGUAUCUGUUCGGCGGUGGAAGCUGCAACUCAGCCAUCUCCUGCUCCGACAAAAUUUCACUUCCUUAGCGGACAAAUUCCACUAUAGCAGAAGAUCUGUCUUUUACGUAGAACUGGUUUUCUCCUUCAGUAGUAUCGUUAACAUUAGAUGGGUGAGAAAGAUUUGGAAAUUGAGGAAACAAGUGCAGCAGCACGUGGAGAAGAUGAGAGGGGAGAUGAAGCUAAAACAAAAGUGCGAAAAGUUAAAAAGAAGAAGAAGUCUCUUAAAGAAGUGGUGAAGGCAGAAAAGCGUGGAGUUAUUCACGUAAGUAGAGUACCGCCUCGUAUGGACCACGUCAAACUUCGCCAGGUUCUUUCUCAGUUUGGAGAAAUUCAGAGAAUAUAUCUUGUACCUGAAGCUGCUGCUGCUCAAAUGAAUCGGAAACGGGCAGGUGGGUUCCGAGGGCAAGCAUUUUCAGAAGGGUGGGUUGAAUUUACGAAAAAGAGUGUUGCCAAGAGAGUUGCAAAUAUGUUAAAUGGUCAACAGAUAGGUGGAAGGAAAAGGUCAUCAUUCUAUUAUGACAUUUGGAACGUCAAGUACUUGUCUAAAAUCAAAUGGGAUGAUGUUACUGAUGAAAUUGCACAAAGGCAUGCAGUUCGUGAGCAGAAACUAGCUUUGGAGCUUUCUGCUGCUAAGAGGGAGCGUGAUUUCUACCUUACACAAGUUGAUAAAUCUCGUGCUUUAAGUUCUAUUGAAGAACGAAUAAAGAAGAAGCAAAAGGUGCAACAGGAAUCUGGGGAGAAAUUGGAACCGUUUGCAGCAAAGGUUAUACGACAAUUUCCCCAGAAAAAACCUGUGGCGGAUGAAGCUGGGAAAAUCAAGCCUAGGCUGUCUAAGGACGUUUUGGCCAGAGUAUUUGGUGGUCAAUGAUAAGAGCAUACAAGUGCAACAUUUCAGGAAGUGUUCAUGCUCAUCUUUUCUACGACACAUUAAUUUUUUUAUCUUUAUUUGCAGCUGAUUGUAGAUGUCAUAUUAUUUAUGUUUAGAUCAACUUAUCUAAAUUUAAAUGAAUGUAUUUCUCAUAGCUUAUCUAUC